UGGACACCACCGACGACGCCUGACAGUUUCUGACUUUAUCCUCCUUUUUUUAAGUUAUCUGACAUGCUUAUGUAGUGGCGCUCGCCACACAGCAACGGUCGUGAAAAUGGAGGCCAUGGAAGAUGACAGCUCGAACAUAAAAGACGAUCACAACCACAACUAUUGUGCGAGCAGCAGCAAAGUCCGCUCGUGUCUGAGCAGCCAGUUGUCGGAUGCAACGACGGUCCCGCAGCCCGUUUGUCUGCCGGUGCCGGGGGGAGAACCGGGGACCCGACGAGGAAAAGUGUGGUCCGGCAACCCAGGAGGGUCAAAGUUCAUGGACUCCGAUUCUGGCAGCGAGAGCAGCGAAGUCAGCGAGACCGACUGUGCGGCUCCGCCAGCCGCUGCCGAGGGAAAAUUCACCCUCGAUUCUACUUCCAAGUUCCUUCUGAAUGCGAUGGCUGUAGAAGACUACCGGAAAAACCACUGGCCAAACCUGGAGAAGGCAAUCGACCGUCUCCUGAUUCAGAACCCCACAGACCACAUCUCCGUUUCUUAUGCACAGAUAUACAGCUACGUCUACAAGUGUGUUUGUCAGCAGCACUCUGAACUGCUCUACAAUGAUUUGACAUUGAAAAUAACAAGUCAUCUGCAACAGGUUUCCACCCACCUACAAGCCAGUCCACCUGAGAACUUCAUUGAGAACUUCAACAUUGCGCUGACGCAAUACACAGUUUCCCUUCAAUGUAUCGUUCCAGUGUUUAUGUACUUGAACAAGUUCUACAUCGAGUCGAAACUGAACAGAGACCUGAGAGAGGAUCUGAUGAAGCUGUUUGCUGAUCACGUAGCAGAGAAACAUGUGAACACACUGAUGCCUCUUCUCAUCAAAGCUCAUUCCAUGCCGUUUCAAGUGCAGCCGUCUACGAUGGCCAGUGUGGUUAAAGGCCUCUACAGCCUCCGACCAGAGUGGGCCCAGCUAGCCCCGGCUCUCUUCUCCGGGUUCAUUCCCCAAAUCAACCCCCCCGCUGUGGAGUCCCUGCUGCCUGACUACGCCGCUCACGACCAGAAGCUGCAGAUGGAGCUCUCCAUGAACGGUUUUCCACGAGGCGACCAGUCUCGCAAAAGGGCCAGCGAUGACUCCUGAUGGCAGAGCCGCGGCCGUCGCCAGACUCGUUGCAAAAAAUAUUACUGUGCCUCCCACAUUUUCAUCACAAGUCGGCUCUCUGCACUAGGUACAAUGUCUGCAAUGUGUCAGUUUCAUCUCCCUCGACCCAAGGUCACAAAACACUGUGAGCAACAAAGAGAACCCGAUGCUGGGCAGAAGCUUAAUCUCACUGCACUAAAACAAGCACACUGACUUCCAUUAUGGUGCUUUCCUCUGUGGUUAUGAUGCAUCCAGCUUCAGCAUUUGAGGGAUGCUGCUUUGUGCCCUGAAACGUUUUUUCUCGUCGUCCUCAUCUGAAGAGUGCCUUCACGGUGUCUGUUCUGAUCGGAUAUCCUAACGGAGGAUAGGCCGAUGAUGGGUAUUUCAUUCCUAACCUUUAACAUGGAAGUGUCUUUUUUGAUAGACGGGGCUAAUAAAGACUUUCUAUUGCUGCUAUAAUACUGUUCAUGUAAAAUUACUACAAAUCCCUCAGUUUCACCCAUUGUGUCUGUAACCCAGCGGCUUCGCUCAACACAAAUGAGUGUGAAAAGACAUGAGAGCAAGCAAGGAACUAAGUCAUUGACCUCAGCUACGAUUCUCUUCAUGUUGCCUUUACUGUGUUGGUAAACCGGAUUGUAUUUUCCCGUUACGCCAAAGAAGCUUUGCAGCACAUGUUUGGUUUUAGUUUUUUCUUUGAUUUAUAUAUAAUGCAUUGGAGUCAAGCUGACAUUGUUAAAGUUGUAUGCUGUCUGAGUCACUGAGCCAUUUCAUUUUUUUAUACUAACAAGUUUUGAACUUUGACCCGUUUGUUUGUUAGGCUUGAGUCAGUUUCUAACUUUAAGUAUCACUUGUCAGUUUUAGCCUUGCGUGUAGGAUUGGCAGGGACUGCCAUGUAGGCCAUUACACUGUUAGCUACAAAGCUUAGACAGCCACACAAGUGUGUUUGACAGUUUCCUAAUUUUACUUCAGUUUGUUUGACAAAUAACCUAAAUCAUCCACAGUGUGUAGACACAGUCCUGAUCCAAAAGAGCUGGGACGCUGUAUGAAAAUGUAAAUAAAAACAGAACGCAGUCAUUUGCAAACAACAGUUUUGCAAUGCGUUCCUGAGCCCAUGCAGUAACAUCCGUUAUAGUCAUGUGUUCACAAAGUGGUGAACCUCUC